AAUUAUAAACAAUAUGAAAAUAGGUAAAAAUUUAAGCAUAUCGAUUCGAGCACUGUAGUCAGAAACAUGUGUUUAAAGUAUAUUCUAUUGUUAUGGCUUAUUUUGCAGCCAGUUGUGUGCGCUAAGGGGAAAUCCUUUGAUAAUACGACAAGCUGCGAGAAAGCAAAACAACCCAAAUUUAUAAGUUCCUGCUGCAACAUACAGAAAGAUGAUGCAAUCAGCAAGUCCUGUCGCAAGUCCCUGCUAAGUCAGAACAAAACCACAACUAACAAUGGAGAGACUCGUAAUUUAAAAGCAGACAAAGUAGCGCUGCAUGCAUGCAUUGCAGAGUGUGUGUUUAAGCAGAAUGGUUAUUUGCUGACCAACGGAUCGAUUAAUCUGCCAGUUGUGCAAAGUAGCCUACAACAACGGUAUCGAAGUGAUCCCGCCUUGGCGCAGCUCAUUAUCAAGAGCCUAAAUACAUGCCUGGACUCGGCUCAAAACCGUGCCAAGCAAUUCGAAUGGCUGCACACGAAGGAUCAGUGUGACUAUUAUCCGGCUACUUUGCUCGCCUGCACCAUGGAACAAGUCUAUAUUAAUUGUCCAGCUUCGAAGUGGAAGAACACUAAUAACUGUGUAGCGAUGCAGAAAUUUUUGGUGGCUUGUGAUUCACGAAAAUAAAUGAACCACGAAUAUAUCUCACAUAUCAGAGAACAGCAAUUUAAGUUUC